AUGACUGUAAUCAACGCUCUAGCCGCCAAUUGGAAAGCACAGAACGAGCGUGAUAAGCAGGCCUGGCAGGAGCACACCGCCGCAGAGGCUCAGGCGUUAGCCGAGGAAGCGGCCAAUUUCGAAGUCGAGAGGAUGGACGUAAAACAGGCCCUAAAGGACGAGAUGAAGAAGAAUAAGGAAAAGUUUGUGUCCAUCCCAGACCGCCCGACCCCUAUGGGAGCCCUUGUGAUGGCGGCUCCGUAUGCGGUCCACCACCUUGAGAGAGGACAUUACGUGGAGCUCUACUACUACACAAACCGCGGACUGUUAGCAGCGGCAGCGGCCGCCACACAGGACCAGGAUUAUUUAGCGUUGAAAGAAAACGGCGACAGCACCGCCGGUGAGGUGCCGGUGGCCUCACUUCGCAGCGUCGAAAGGGUCAUCCCAGACAGCGAACUCACUUGGGGGCAACUCCGUGAAGCUGUUCCCAGGUUCAUCCCCGCGAUGCAGCAGGCGAGAUGGGCCGGAGAGCGUCUCAAGAAAUUCUGGGGCAACCUUGAAGCGCACCCUUUCCAGCAGUCGAUUGACCCAAUCGAUACACGAACACUCGUGGUCUAUCAGGCGGAGCAGCGACUCAGGUGGCACCAAGCCAUCAAUAGCACCGACGGUGCAUGGAACCUACACCUUCUUUCGGAGGAGAUCUUGAAGGAGACCCGCGGCCGCGUCUAUCGAAAGGAUCAAAUGGCAAAGGAUGCCACGAUUGACGAGGCAGCCGUAAGCAGCCCUGCCUCUCUCGCAAUGACAAGGCACUGA